AUGGCUGAAGACGACAGCCUCGCCGCCCUCCAGGGCCUGCAUCGCGACCUUUGCGCGCACAUCGACCUGCAGCUGCCUGUAUUAGAGAGGCUGCUGCAGAACUUGGAGGCGCAUCUGGACGAGUUGAAGACGCUGUUAGACAAGAAGCCAAAGAACGAUGCGAGUAGGAAGACGCUGGGCUCUGGCAAGAUCAAGAUCAACGACAACGAAUAUGAGGUCAACGAUGACUUCAAGCAGCAGACGCUUGAGCUGGCAGAUGCCUUAGACCUCGACGAGCUAGACGCCGCCGCUCUCUUCCUAGGCGCCGAAAUUGAAGCCCAAGAGCUCGAUCGAUCGCAGCUGCAGACUGCCGUAAUACGCUUCCACCGUCGCCGCGAAUAUGUGCUCCUUUGUCUGCGCAUUCUGAUGAAGACCGCUCUGGACAAUGGCGACUCUGAAGUAGAGGGCAUGCAGGCGCUGCAGAUGGCCGUACAGAUCAUCGUGGGCGUGGAAGGCGGCUCAAAUCUGGCGAAUGCAUAUGGCUUCUGGACUAAAUGUCUUGUGAGCAUGGAGUCAAUAGAGAAUUGGCUGCAAUUCAUCGCAGAGCGCGUCCAGAGCACUCACGUAGUCGGCCAGGUCCCUCUGCCAGGCUUUGUUGAGAUAAUGGCUUUCCAGCAGCAGAGUCUGACGAGGCAGCACGAAAAUUUGGCCGCAAUAUGCACGCACAUGAUCAAGGCCGGAUAUGUGAAUCUCGACAACUACAAGACACUGCUUUCCAGAGCGAAAACUCUUGACCGGCACGAUCUCAUCACCGUUCAUUACAUCCCUAUGCUCAUCCGGCUCACGUCCUGGGCAGCGUCGGAGACUAAUGUCACAUUAAAGGAUGCGCGAGCGCUGCACGACUCUCUAAUGGCAGGACGGGAGAACGACAACUGGACCUUGAGGAACCUGCAUUCUUCACUGUUAACUUGGUGGCUGGCAGAGUACAGCGGACGAUAUGUUGACCCCAACACUCAAGAUCCAGCGAUGCAAAACAUCGAUUUCGAUGGGGAAGCCACUACUCGAUCUGACAUCUUCCUCAAAGCACUCAACGACGGUGCUUUCCAUUUUAUGCUCUCCUUUAGCCAGGAUGUGCGACCGACCCGCUGGUAUGACCCGCAGAAGACGAGCAUGCUAUCGACGUUAUUACAGGAUACUCCAGUCUUAGGCCCAGAGUCAGCGCAGCCCGAAGAGUUUUUCAAGGUCCUCAUCAUGGAGCAGCUUCAAACUUUCGUCGACUCUUUCAUCACUCAUAUGCCAGACACACUACGAAGACUUAAAGUUGAAGAGGACGACCAGCGAAGACGGCUGCAACUGCACUUUCAAAAUUCAACGGGAGAGUACCCACUCCACCUGGAAAGAUUCAUGGUUAUUGUAGCCUUCGCCUUCGAUGGGUUUGCUGAUGCGGCAGAGGACUUCUGGAGCGACAGAGAGAGUAAUCUAUACGGGUUUCUACAGUGGGCAGCCAAGCGUCAGCCUACCCCUCGCAUCGCCAUGUUCUGCGAGAUGCUACGAGCGAUCUCCACUGGAGGAACGAACCCAGACUCAGCGCAUCGAUUUUUACUUGAGGAGGGUACAGCCUCCUCGGGUAAGAUUCGGCGGACAAGCUCACUCAGCUACACGCACAUCUUCAACGAGUUGACAGAGUUUGAGAAAGACAUUCAUGAGCCGAAAAAAACCAUCCAAGGCAACGUAUAUGCGCCUUCAACAAAUCCCGUGGACCAAAUCGUGGAGCCUGAGAGCGCGACUAUGCUGGAAAGCUACCUACGUCUUCUCGCGCAUAUAUGUCGACAGAGCUUGACUGCGCGCACUUGGAUACUGGAUCUCAAGGAAUACGAUUUUGCCAACAUCUGCUUUGGUCUAUGCACGGACAAGGUCGAGAGUGGACUUCGCGCAGCUGCCUUCGAUGCUCUCUCCGCGUUGCUUGUAGGCAAAGACGUCCUGCGAGCGAGUGCUAUGUGGCACAUCUUCGAUGACUGGACCGUGAACGGCUUCUACGCCGGAUCCAAGCAGAGUAACACACUAGGAGCUGUACCGCGCGAUGACUUAUGGGCCACGCUGGCAGAUGGGUACGAUGAAUCCAUAGCCCUUGUACGGUUCCUUCAUUCGCUCGUGGAGCCUUAUCCAGAGAACGAAGGCCUGAACGACAGCCUACCAUUUCCGGAAGGUUUGGGCUCGUCACGCAGGAUGCCGGGCAUCGAAGGGUAUAUUGAUUUUGUCAUGCAACAAGUCUUUGCAGAACGUUCACAAGAAGUCCUCGACCCGCUACAACGCAACGUCAUGAGAUGGACGUGCUUGCGUUUUAUGGUAACGUGUCUCUCCACGUUCAAUGAGAACCUUGUCGUGUUCGCGAACAAGUCUAGCAUACCAGUCGACGCGAUCAUCGACUCCUCUUCUUUGGCUGUUUACGUCUCUUUGCAUCCUUUCACGCGUAUCAUGGAGUGGCUGUUCAACGACAACGUCCUCAAGGCUCUCUUCGCUGCAUCGCAUCAAGAUGUCAACGAGGUAGACGCGGCUCCAUCAGACUCGCCAUUGGUGCAAUCGUUGAUGCUGAGCAUUGAGCUAAUGGAUUUGGUGAUGAAGCUGCAAGCUACAUAUCUCGACAUUGUGAGACCUGUCCUCAAACAGCAGCCCUCAUUACAACAUUCACCAGUCUCAAACCUAUCGCUUGCCUCCUUCGAAGAUGCAAUUCUAAAUAACUUACAGAUCAUCGUCGACCUUGGCUUGUACUGCGGUACCGGCCAUGAGGCGUUGACUAUUGCCUCACUCCAGCUCCUUGAGAAGAUGGCAUCGUCCCGAAAGCUAGCCGUCUCGCCGGCUGGCUUCGGACAGCGAUCUGGACGAAGCAAGAUUGUGGGGAUACUAGAGAAGGACAACGAAGCGGAACGCAUUGGUCGAUCUCUUUCAAGCUUGAUGCGUUUCAAUGCUGAAGAACUCGAGGCUGGCGAGGAAGCUUCUGGGUACAUUGUCAAGCUACGCGUGCUAGACUUUCUCAACAGUUGCCUUGCUGCGGUAUCUCUCAGGCCAACAAUAGCCCAUAUCCUCUUGGGCUUUUCGUGCGGUACUAAUACAGUCCGUAUCGCUGAUGACAGUCUAUGGGCCAAUGGACAAGCUCUCUUCCACAACAUUCUUCUCUUAGGAGUAGAGUACCCGGACAAUGAUGGAGAUCAAUUUUCGGCCUGGAGAUCAGCACUCAAGACACGAUGUUGGGACGUAUUGCAAAAGUUGUGGCGUUCACCACUGACUUCAGCCGUUGUCAUGGACGAGCUUCGGGAGAACGAGCUGCUGUUCAUUGAGGCGCCUCGAUUGGCCCCGAUCACCCUUGACGUUCCUUGGGAAGGUGUAACUCUUGCCCAGGGACUUGAGGCUGCGACGAGCGAGUUUUCAGAGUUCUUUGCCGGACCUCCAGCGCUUGCCCUCCAGAAUAUCCUCCAACGACGUGUGGCAUUCUUGGAUUACGAGUCAAGAGAGCUACGCUUGACAGUCAAAGAUAAUAUGCCUACUAUGAAGUCAAGGAUACAAUCAGUUCUACUCGGCACCACUAUUCGACCAGGUGAAGAUGCCGCACCCAACCCGAAUAUCUUUGACCUAUUCGACUUCAUCGAGUUUGCCUACCCCGAGCGCAGUCUACCGGAUCAGCAUCGCUUCUUUGAGGGUGUCAACCUCUCGUCUUGUCAAGUAGAGAAGGAAGGCAGCACACUGUACUCUUUACCCUUGCUUGAACAGGUCAUCCGAUUGAAGUUGAAACUCUGGCGCAAAGAGGGCUUGAUCACCGAGGUAGCUCUAGAGGAGGAACUGGCCCAACAGGCCGAAUUACUCAUGGCAAUCUUCGCUGACUGGAAUCGCCGCGCGCAACUCCUCCGCUAUCACAAAGAGAUUCUGCAGUCAUGGGUCCAGGUGGUCAUGGUCGCCGUACAGAACUGCGAUUUUGAGAAUGGCGCCCGAAGUUCGUUUAUACUGCAGACGUUACAAGUCAUUCUACCAAAGCUUGAGCAGUCCUACAACACCGAUAUCUUCACUGCUAUGCAACUUAUCACACUUGCCGAAUCUCUCAUCCAGAAGAUUGACUUUGAAUCGACCGCUUUCGACAAGACGGGAGAUUUUGCGAAUGAUCGAUUGUCUCAACUGUUCCGUGCUGCCCUUGCAGGCAUCUACAGCACAGUAUCUACCGCUGAGCUGCGGGAGUACUGCUAUCAGAUCUGCUUCCGCUACAUUCACGGCACCUCGAACAAAGCGACAACAAACUCUCUCCUCGGCCGACACACCCUCAGCACGAUCAAGAACUGCGGCAGCCAUCUCCUUGAAGUCGUUUCCGAUGAUGCAUACAGCGGCCAAGGCACCUGCAAAGUCUCCGCUCUUCUCUUAUUGAACGCCCUAGUAGCAGUUGCUACCCAGCAGCAGUCGAAAUAUAUUCUCGAAACCUUCGUCUCGCUCAACUUCGUGGGCGUUUUAGUUGACAACAUCAAACACAUACCCGAAGAACUUCGUGCAGCAGCCGCCCCACAAGUCCCCAUCCUCUUGUCCUACUACGAUGCCAGUCUCGCCCUGCUCCUGCGGAUAUGCCAGUCCCGUCUUGGCGCGGCAUACGUACUCAAUGCUGGCUUAUUCCCUGCCAUCCGUGACUCGCAUAUAUUCUCCAUUGACCCCGAUAUUGGUCUAGAGUUUGAUGAUCCCAAUGCGCUUCGAAAGUACUACGAACUGAUGCUCGCGGUGCUAAGGGUGAUUAAUGCAGCGGUCAUUGCGAGGGGGAGGCAGAACGAUCAGACGGUUUGGCAGGCGAGAGAGUUCCUGAAGGAGAACAGGCAUAGUAUGGUAUCCAUAUUCAAAAGGAGUGUCAACGUUGGUGCGGGUCAGCAUGCGGAAACACAACAAGAUCUAGUAGACCUUGUAGAUUGUUGGACGAUAUUAGUAGAUGUUACUGGGUUUUUACAGUAUGAAGACUCAUCGAGCCUGAAGAAGGCACGGCCAAAUAUGUUUUCAUAG